GUGAAUCAGGGUUCCUCCAACAACAGGCUGCUCAAGUGCCGCGAGUAAUCAGUAUUGCUGUUCAAAGUUGCCCGAGGGAGCCAUCUAUGCUGUGCUGUGAAAGGCCAUUUCGUGAAGUGGAAAGAUGACCAGUGUGCUACAGGCACUGAUGUCAUAAACAUCUCAAAUUGUAAGGAAGUUUUGAGCUACCACGAAAGUUUUCGUGUCAGGAGACUUUCAUGAGCAUGAUGACUCCAAGUAACAGAGGGCACCGCCGGUCUUCUCGCACAAGAAAAUGUCCACCAGAAUUGAAUGAGAGCUCAUCAGGAACCUCCUCUGAUGACACCGUUGUCGUCGGCACCACACUCAAAAGAAAAGUGGGGCUCUUUAGCGCCACCGCAGUGGUAAUUGGCAGCAUUAUUGGAUCUGGCAUAUUCGUGUCACCAAGCUUGGUCUUCAGAAACUCAGGAUCGACUGGUGCCAGUCUCCUCAUGUGGCUCGGCGCUGGAUUCAUCACCCUAAUCUAUGCUUUCUGUAUGGCAGAGCUGGGAGCGUUGCUGCCGACAUCUGGCGGCGAGUACGCGUACAUUUGCGCAGCCUGUUACACACUGGGCAGGCCGGGCGACUACGUAGUCUUCAUGUACUCCUGGACUCGGAUCCUUCUGGGGGACUCUCUGGGUGCUGCUCUGCACGCCCUCACGUUCACCAGUUAUGCAUUGCGGCUUGUCUACCCGACAUGCGAGGCACCGUACGCAGUUACUGUGCUGGUAGCAGCGAGUUUCUCUACGUUGGCAACUGUUCUCAAUGCCAUCUCAAUCGGCGUGUCCACGAAGUUGCAGAACAUUCUUGCCGUAACCAAAAUCCUGAUGCUGGUUUGUAUCAUUGGCACAGGAAUUGUGAGCGCCGCAAAUGGUACGAAUCACCUGAGAGAGCCCUUCUUCAGUGCUGAUGUUACCGCCGGUGGCCUUACGGAAGCCUACUUCGCGGCCUUCAUGACCAUGGACGGAGGGUACAGCAUCUGCAACCUCGGUGAAGAAAUACGAAAUCCGUCACAGGUCAUUCCUCGAGCACUGAUCCUAGGCUCCGUCAUGGUCAUGCUGUUGUUCAUCGCAACCAAUGUCGCUUACUUCGUCGUUCUCGAACCCACUGCCAUCACAUCCUCUGAGACCACAGCCCUAACAUUCGCCGCGAAGAGCUGGGGUCCGGCCGGAGCUGCCAUUAUUCUCCUGUUGGCAUCACUCAGCAUGUUCGGAACGCUAUCGGCUGGAUUCUUCAGCCAAAGCAGGCUUGGCUUCGCAGCCGCUAGGAGAGGCCACCUGCCAUCCGCUCUGCGUCUUGUUUCCAUGAAGUCGUCAGUUCCCGUUAUCUCUCUAGUUGUUCGAGGCGCAUUUACCGCCGCCUUCACCGUCAUUGGCUCUCUAGAGUCUGUAGUGAACAGCGUAAUGCUGUUGUGUGUCGUAUUCAACCUCCUGACAACGUUCACCCUUCUGAGGCUUCGUCGCACAAUGAGGGAUGUGCCGAGACCAGUGAAAGUGCCGUACUUCUUCAUAUUUGUUAACUUCGCUGUAAAUUUUGCGAGUGUGGUUGUGAACGUCUGGAAAGCUGCGGACCUUUACAUGCUCGUCAUAAUGAUCUUGGUACUGUUUGCUGGGAGCGUCGCGUACUUAGUAUUCCUGGUCUGCGGAUAUGCAAUGCCAGGCACUUUACGCUUGUCGAUGUUUCUACAGAAACUUUUCCUUUCCGUGCCAUGUCGCGACAGCUGCAUAUAUUGAAACUUAGGGCUCUUAAGUUACUGUGAGAGUCAGGCGCCAUCGAAAGCGAUAAAUGAAUGAAUUGAAGGACUUGCUGACACAACUAUCGUGCAUGAUAAGAGACGAGCAAUUGAAUUAAAUCCUUUACUUUAAAACUCAAAAGUUUUCACAUACUUUAGAAAUUUCUCUACGAGCAGCGAAAAUUGGUCCCGCUACCUAGUGAAGCAUUCACGGUGGGUAAAGUGUUCCAUUGCCAUUAGGAAUAUAUUAAUGGUAAUGAUAGCACAUAAAUCGCCUCUGAUUGCUAGAUAUUGCUAUAUACAGAAUGUAUCUUGACAGCGGAAUUUGAAAAUUGCGCUUUGAAGUGUCAAAGAGCUGUUGCUCGUACAAGUCUAAGCGCCCGAUAAUGACACGUUUCUGCAACACACCUAAUCCUGGU